GAGAGACUUGCAUCAUSAUCCCCUCUGCAGUGGCAUCAAGCAAUUUCUAACUCCAAGGAAGGAGCACUGGAAGCUGCUAGGCAACCUGAAGACCACGGUGGAAGGUUUGGUGUCCACCAGCAACCCAAACGUCUGGUCUAAGUAUGGCGGCCUGGAACGGCUCUGCAGAGACAUGCACAGCAUCCUCUAUCACGGGCUCAUCCACGACAAGCUGUGUUGCAGACAAAAGGAUUACUGGCAGUUCGUGAAAGACAUUCGCUGGCUGAGUCCCAACUCUGCUCAUCAUGUGGAAAAGUUCAUCAGCCUGCAUGAGGACGGGCAGCCCAACGCUGACGGCCUGAGCGACCAGGCUGUUGCGAAGCUGUGGCUGCAGCACAGCCUGCAGUUCCACUGCCUCUCGGCACAGCUCAAACCCCUCCUGGGCAACAGGCAGUACAUAAGGAAGUUCUACUCAGACACUGCCUUCCUGCUCAGUGACUCCCACGUCACGGCCAUGCUGCAGUGCCUGGAGGCUGUGGAACAGAACAACCCCAGGCUCCUGGCUCAGAUCGACACGUCCAUGCUGGCCGGCACGUCACUGCCACCCGUGUGCGCGUCAGGUCCCUCUGCUGGGACAAGGGAGAUGAGUGACCGCGACGCUGAAGGACAUGGGAGCCGUCUGCCUGGGGCACUAGGCUGCCCGGAUCAUUGCACUGAGAGCACGUUCACCAGGAAGGGGGAAGGUCUGUCUCCAGUGACAAAGAGCCACAGCCUGACUGCUUCCUCUGGAUUCCUGCAUGUACCAGCUGCAGACUGCAUGCAGCAGCGUUGCUUGGGCUCCUUCUCUAGCCUGCACCACCCAGCCUCUUCCAGCCUUUCAGACAGGAGACCAGCAAGCUCCUCUGUCUUCUGUGGCCCCAGCCAGCCUCAGGAGCACUGCCUGCCCACCAGGUCCUCCUCCUUCAGCGUGGGCAAGUCCCCUCUGGAGCAGCCCAACUCUGUCACCCGCUGCCACAUUCCCUCACCCAAAGACCCCUUCUCUCCAGCCAGCGAGAUGAGUUCCAGCACCACCAGCCAGAGCGAGGACACUUGGACGGGGAGCCAGGACGAUCCGCAGAGCGAUGCUAAUGAUGGGCCGGAAUACCUGGCCAUUGGAAACUUGGGGCGCCGKGGCCGGGCCUGCAGUAGCACCAGCAGCACCAGCACCAAGAGCAGCAGCUCCAACCUGUUCUCCUCCAGCAGCUCCCAGAAGCUGGACUCGGUCUCCUCCUUGGGAGAGCAGGGGGCAAGUGGUGGAGGUGGAAGCAGGGGCACGAGCCUGUUACGCCGCUCCAGCUUCUCGGAGGGACAGACAUCAGCAACACAGGGCAUCCUGAAGAAGAGCCACACGCGCUCGCACUCCGAUACCAACGUGGCUUCGGGGAAGUUGCACGGAGGCCUCAGGGAUAUCACCAUUAUAAUAGAAGAUCCAGUGGCAGAGUCCCAUGGUGACACAGGCAGAAGAAGAGGGCCCGUCUCUGGUCAGAGCAGUGAAGUGAGCACACCCAGCUCUCUCUACAUGGAGUAUGACUCCGGCCAGUACCUGAGUUCAGGGGAAGGGAUGUUCAGAAGACCUUCAGAAGGGCAGUCCCUCAUCAGCUAUCUCUCUGAACAGGACUUUGGCAGCUGUGCAGACCUGGAGAAGGAGAAUGCCCACUUCAGUAUCUCAGAGUCACUCAUUGCUGCCAUUGAGCUGAUGAAGUGCAACAUGAUGAGCCGGCAGCUAGAAGAGGAAGAAGAAGACAGUGACAAGGAGAUACAGGAACUGAAACAAAAGAUUCGCAUUCGGCGCCAGCAGAUCCGCACCAAGCACCUCUUCCCUACCUGCCAGAUGGGUUCAGACAGCCUUGUGGCAACAGACAGUGAGUCCCAGUUCAGCUCCCACGGCUCCAUGCGACURUCUGACUCGGGCUCUGCAGAGGAUGUGGAAGAGUAUGAGAUCCAAGAUGGUAACGAUGGAUCUAACCUGAUUCAAAUGUCCAAGAACGGCCUGUCAGUGUCAAUGGCUUCCUUGUUCUCAGAUGCAGACAUCAAGAGGAACCCAGCCUCCAGCAGGAAGUCCUUUCGGUCCUCGGAGUCCAUAUCCCACUCCUUCCUCAAUUCCAACUCAGCAGAGGCCGUGGCCAUGGGUCUGCUGAAGCAGUUUGAAGGCAUGCAGCUCCCGGCUGCCUCCGAGCUGGAAUGGCUGGUUCCGGAGCACGAUGCCCCCCAGAAGCUCCUGCCCAUCCCCGACUCUCUGCCCAUCUCUCCUGACGAUGGAGAACACGCUGACAUCUACAAGCUGAGGAUUCGCGUGCGUGGAAACCUGGAGUGGGCCCCGCCGCGGCCACAGAUCAUCUUCAACAUUCACCCAGCCCCAACGAGGAAGGUGGCUGUGGCCAAGCAGAAUUACCGGUGCGCUGGCUGUGGCAUCCGGACUGAUCCUGAUUACAUCAAGCGGCUGCGGUACUGUGAAUACCUGGGGAAAUAUUUCUGCCAGUGCUGCCAUGAGAAUGCCCAGACAGUCAUCCCGAGCCGCAUCCUGCGCAAGUGGGACUUCAGCAAGUACUACGUGAGCAACUUCUCCAAAGACCUGCUGAGCAAGAUCUGGAGCGACCCGCUCUUUAACGUGCAGGACAUCAAUGCUGCCCUGUACCGGAAGGUGAAGUCUCUCAACCAAGUGUGGCUGCUGCGAAUCCAGCUCUUCCACAUGAAGAACAUGUUUAAGACCUGCCGACUGGCUAAAGACCUCCUUGACUCCUUCGAUGCGGUGCCAGGACAUCUGACAGAGGAUUUGCACCUCUACUCCCUGAGUGACCUCAGUGCAACCAAGAAGGGAGACUUGGUGCCUCGCUUGGCAGAGCUCCUCAAGGCGGGCAGCCUGCACGUUCAGAAGUGCAUGCUAUGCCAAGCCAAAGGCUUCAUCUGUGAGUUCUGCCAAAAUGAGGACGACAUCAUCUUCCCCUUUGAGCUCAACAAGUGCAAGACGUGUGAAGARUGCAAGGCCUGCUACCACAAAUCCUGCUUCAAGUCCUCCCGCUGCCCUCGCUGUGAGCGGCUCCAAGCCCGGCGAGAGCUGCUGGCCAAGCAGAGCAUGGAGUCCUAUGUCUCGGACUAUGAAGAUGAGCUGGAGCAGCAGGAGGCAGUGGCAGCCACAUGAGAUGUCACGACGGAGGAGCAGAUAGUGGGUUUAUUUGUGCCUGUGGCCCUUGCUGCUGGAGACGGAGGGGACUCCGAGCCAAACGGACCUGCGCUGAGGAGGAGCAGUGGGAGGGCUGACUCACCAGGUGCCUGGAGCCCCAUCUUCAAGGGAUCUGUCUUCCCCUAUGCAGCAGUGCUGAGCUGGGGAAGGGUGAAUCUUCCAUCGUCUGCUUUGCUCCAGGCACCAGUUAGACCUGCCCAUGCCUUUGCCUGGGGAAAGGCAGCUGCUCCUGUCUGUCCUGCAGGCAGAACACAGGCCUUCACCAAGCAGUUGCUCUUGUGCCUCUCUGCACCCUUCGCCUCUGGGUGCUGCUGGGCCAGGCAGGGUUCAUUUGCCAGUCCCUGUGCCCUCUUCCCUGRGCAGGGUCUCUUGCAGGGUUGGCACUUUCUGCUCAUCAGCUGGAUGCUCAAAGCUCUGGCCAUGGCUCCCUGGAGCGGGGCUCAGCUCUCCAGUUCCUUCCAUCCCAUGUCCUGCUGCUAAUGUGCAUACGUACGUUGGGAACGGCUGCCUUUGGAAAGCAACCACGGAUUUAACAGCUUCCAUCUUCAGCUCAGCCUUGAGAGCGGGCAGGAGGCCUUUACGCACCCAACAGCAGCAGAGGAGGUGCAGAGAAAGCGCCAGGUGCCUGUCCUGCCUCUCCGAGCUGCCCGCACGGGGCUGCUCCCUCCCCGUGCAGCACAGCGUGUGCUGCAGUGGGGCAUCGUGCAGGCAGCAGCCACAGGUGCAGCUGCACGGGRGGACAGCGUGGCAGAGCUGACUGCAGGGACAGGCUUGCCCUGCAAGGACACACAGUAAGUGAAGCAAGGUGGGGAUCAURGCCCAAGCAAGCUGUGCAGUGAUGGGAUGGAGUGCCCAGCUGCUCUGCACAUCCCUUUGUCCUCACACCUCUGCUGUGUCCUGCUGGGGAACACAUCCCUCUAAGGGUCACGUGUGACCUCAGCCCUGGCAGUGGCAGGAGGACCUGCCUGGGGUGCAGCUAUCUUGUAACUGGGAUCAUUUGGGACACGUGCAAAGUUUGUUUUCAGCCCUCUGGUCACUUCCCCGGAGCCUCUCUCAACUUGCUCUUUUAGGUCGUUUUUAAUUUGCUGGAUUUUUUAUUUUUUUAAUGUGCCCAUUUGUCUUUUGAACUGUUUGUCCCUCUGCAAGGUGGUGCCUGAAAGGCCUCCCUGGGGCCAUGCCCUCUGCUCAGCACUCGC